AUGUUUCCAUUCAAAUGGACGGAAGUGCAAUUUGUCUACACGAUUGCCAUCUGGAUCCUGAUUGCAUCGCUGGCCAGGAUUUGUAAGACAUCUGGACAAACUGACACAUACAGAUAUUUUUCAGUAUUUUCCUAUCUGAAAUUUCUGACAAAAUGGCUCCCGGAUUCAUCCCUCAUUAUUAUCGUUGGUCUGAUCCUUGGAUUUAUUCUCCAUUUAACAUCUCUAAAUGGUGUCAGUUUGGAUGCUGAAGUAUUUUUUCUGUAUCUCCUUCCACCGAUUAUUUUUGAUGCGGGAUACUUUAUGCCAAACCGUGCGUUUUUCAAAAACAUUGACUCGAUUCUUCUUUUCUCCGUAUUGGGAACUGUUUGGAAUUGUUUCGCCAUUGGGGGAUCUUUACUGCUUCUAUCCAAAUACGACAUCUUUUCGAUUCAAUUUUCCACUUUUGAAAUUUUCAUCUUCGCUUCUCUGGUCUCUGCCAGUGACCCAGUUGCUAUCAUUGUGGUUUUCGAGGAGAUUCAUGUGAAUGAGUUUUUGUUUAUCAAUGUUUUUGGAGAAGCUCUUUUCAAUGAUGCGAUCAGUGUGGUUCUGUACAACAUGUUUAUCAGCUUCCUAGCAAGGGACCUUACGACUUUGAACUUUUGGGAUUAUGCAUCUCGAGGUCUUUCAUUUUUUGUGGUUGCCUCGGGUGGAGUGGCAAUUGGAGUAGUGUUUGCUUUUGCAACAAGUCUGGCAACCAAAUACACCCAUGGAAUAAAAAUUGUGGCUCCAGUUCUCAUUUUUCUGAUUCCCUACAUGGGUUAUCUGACUGCUGAGAUGGUAUCAUUCUCUGCAAUUAUUGCAAUCGCUGUGUGUGGUAUGGUUAUGAAGCAAUAUGUCAAGGGAAAUAUCACAAACUCAGCCGCCAAUUCUGUAAAAUAUUUCACCAAAAUAAUAUCGCAAACUUCGGAAAUUGUAAUCUACAUGUUCCUGGGACUCUCUACAGUAUCUGCGGACCACUACUUUGAUGUAGUCUUCAUCGCUGCCACUAUCUUCUUCACUCUCUUCUACCGUACGAUUGGAGUACUUUCCCAGUGCUAUUUCUUGAACAAAUUUCGCGCUGAGCAAUUCAAACUUCAAGAUCAAUUCAUUUUGGCUUAUGGAGGACUUAAAGGAGCUAUAGCUUAUGGUUUAGUCGUAUCUAUUCCAGCUGCAGUUUCAGCUAAACCAAUGUUUAUUACAACUACAAUUGCGUUAAUUUAUUUCAACGUCUUCAUUCAAGGAAUCACAAUUCGGCCAUUGAUAAAUCUCCUGAAAAUUAAGACGAAGGAGGAGAAGAAAGCUACAAUGACCGAGAGUGUUUAUAAUAAGUAUUUGGAUUAUAUGAUGGCAGGAAUUGAAGAUAUUGCCGGUCAAAAAGGACAUUAUAAUCUGGUGGCGAGAUUCGAACGUUUCAACUCAAGUGUACUGAAACCCAUAUUCAUGAGACUCCAGAAACGAGAAAAGAUUGACUUCACAUCUGUCAUACGAUCUUAUGAAAAACUUAUUCUGGAAGAUGCGCUUGAAAAAAUGAAAAGUCGUCAGAAUUCAACAGAGAUCAGUCUACGUUCUUUUUUGCAACCCGGAGAAGACAUGGAACAACUCUAUACACUGUUCGGCGAGUUUUUGAAGGAACGAAGGGAUGAUGAUAUUCAGGAUGACUAUUUUGCUGAAGUGCAAGCCCAUGAAUGUGAAAACUUUGGUUCCGAAUUGAAGGAAAUUGAGAACAAAGAUGCAUCUAUUGUUUAA